AAAAGGCAUAAACCCCAUUUAACGUAUCAUCUGCUUCUCCCCUCCUUCCAUGGCCGCAGCUGGAAGCUCUUCCGCCACUUCUUCCAUUGCCGAAAAACCCAAUAAGCCGUAAUCAGCUACUUCAUUAUGCAUCUCCUUCCCCGUAAUAGGCCUCACACUUUAAACAAAUCCACCGGAAUCAUCAUGUCAGGCUGCAAACACUUGGUGUCUGUCAAGUCUCUUCCGCUGCAACCAACUCCGGCGCCAAAAGCCGCCUACUAUUACGCCAAUUCUUACCCUCUCAAAUCUGGAAAUUUCAUAAUUUCUAGGAUUUUCUCGAAACCCAUUAGCCCCAUUUCCUGUAGAAAGCAUCGGUUCUCUUAUACCUCGCGUCCCUCUAUUCCGUUACCAGUGACAUUGGAUAAGGAAGAGCUAGAAGAAUUAAAUUCACCAGAAUUAAGGUUGUUGAGGAUCAAAUUAAGCCAGAUUGGAAUCCACGCUGAUUCUUGUAAGCCUGGGCAGUAUAGUGGCCUUCUUUGUGCUCAGUGCAAGGGUGGAGACUCAAUGGAGAAAAGCUUAUCCCUUUUCAUCACCCAAGAUGGAAACGAAGCUUUGUGGACCUGCUUUCGUGGUAAAUGUGGGUGGAAAGGAAGGAUGAAGGCUUUUGCUGAUACAAAAUCCACUUACGGAAGUAUGAGUAAGACCUCUACUGUCAAGAAGAAGUACAGAGAGAUCACAGAAGAGAAUUUGGGCUUGAAGCCUUUGUCUAUUGAGCUUCUGAAGUACUUUGCUGAACGGAUGAUAUCUGAGGAAACUUUGCGGAGGAACUCUGUGAUGGAGAAAUCGUAUCCAGAUCAGGUUGUGAUUGCAUUUCCUUAUCGGAGGAAUGGAGAACUUGUAAGCUGCAAGUACAGGGAUAUUUCCAAGAAGUUCUGGCAGGAGGCGGAUACUGAGAAGAUAUUCUAUGGACUCGAUGACAUAAAAGGCGCAAAUGAUAUUAUCAUUGUUGAGGGUGAGAUGGACAAGCUUGCAAUGGAAGAAGCUGGAUUCCGGAAUUGUGUGAGUGUUCCUGAUGGUGCACCUCCCAAAGUUUCAUCUAAAGAAUUGCCAUCCGAAGAACAGGACACCAAGUACCAGUAUCUUUGGAACUGCAAAGAAUACUUGACGAAGGCCUCUCGAAUUAUUCUUGCUACUGAUGGUGAUCAACCUGGCCAAGCUUUAGCGGAAGAACUUGCACGGAGAUUGGGAAAAGAAAGGUGCUGGCGGGUUAGAUGGCCGAGAAAGAAUGAGGUUGAACAUUUCAAAGAUGCAAAUGAGGUGCUUAUGUAUUUGGGACCUGGUGAGCUGAGGGAAGUUAUUGAAAAUGCAGAGCUAUUUCCAAUUCGAGGAUUGUUCAAUUUCCAAGAUUAUUUUGCCGAAAUUGAUGCAUAUUAUCACGAAACUAUUGGUCAUCUGCUUGGGCUUUCAACUGGAUGGAAGGCUUUGGACCAGUUCUAUAAUGUUGUUCCUGGAGAGUUGACCAUUGUAACUGGAGUCCCCAAUUCGGGAAAAAGUGAAUGGAUUGAUGCUCUUUUAUGCAAUCUUAAUAGGAGCGCUGGCUGGAAAUUUGCAUUGUGCUCUAUGGAGAACAAGGUGCGGGAACAUGCACGGAAACUUCUGGAGAAACAUGUUAGGAAGCCUUUCUUUAAAGUGGGGUAUGGAUCAUUUGCUGAACGAAUGAGUGUGGAAGAGUUAGAAGAAGGAAAGCAGUGGCUCAAUGAUACAUUUUAUCUAAUAAGGUGUGAGAAAGACUGCCUUCCAAAUAUAGAAUGGGUUCUUGACCUCGCCAGAGCUGCCGUUCUCAGGAAUGGCAUAAAUGGUCUUGUUAUUGAUCCGUAUAAUGAGCUUGACCAUCAACGUCCUGUUAGCAUGACUGAAACAGAGUAUGUCAGUCAGAUGCUUACGAAGGUCAAACGAUUUGCCCAACAUCAUUCAUGUCAUGUUUGGUUUGUUGCACAUCCUAGACAGUUGCAUAAUUGGGUUGGUAGUCCUCCAAAUUUAUAUGACAUCAGUGGAAGUGCGCACUUUAUAAACAAAUGCGACAAUGGGAUUGUCAUUCACCGAAACAGGGAUCCAGAAGCUGGUCCCAUUGAUGAAGUUAAGGUUUGCGUGCGGAAAGUACGGAAUAAAGUUGCUGGAACAAUAGGCGAAGCAAGCUUGACUUAUAACAGGUACGUACACUUGUCUCAUCAUGCACUGGUGUGAUUCUUCCAACUACUUCAGUUUUCUUAUGGAAUGGGUUUUCUUCUUUGUUGAUUGUAAUCAUCCAAGUUUAGGUUUGAUAGUUUUGUUUGCUUAGGGAUUGUGUUCGUCUAAUGCAUGUCUUACCUUAGUUCACAACUCAUUGACCUAUUCUCUCUCGGAGCUAGGUGUAUAACUUACCAACUCUUCUGCUCAAUAGUCAUUUGAAUGACGUUUUCAAUAGUUUUGAUCCUCCAUGAAGUGAACAAAAAUAUACAGGAGACAAGGUUCUGGCUGAAUCCCCCUUUUCUCUUCUGGAUCCUUUCCGUGAAAAGUAGUUUUUGUAAUUUGUUUUCAGUAAGCAAAUAUAGAGGGCUGAUAUAUGUGGUUUUCUGAAUUUAUAUAGUUGAUGAAUGAACAAAAGAAUAUUUAAAUUUGGUACUUGGUAGUACUUUAAAUAUGGAGAAGAACGAUUUUCAUACCAAUCUAUCUUAAAAGUAUGCUGUGUAUCUGAUCCAAAGCUCUUCUCUAAAUUGAAGUGUAGAUUCUAAGAGCAUCUAAAUGCGUUAUUUGUUUUAUGCAUUGGAAGCGGAAAACUGAUCCAAAAUCAUAACACAUUACUAGCCAUACAUGGAUACUUAUAAGCAUAUCACUUUUUGGAGAGUAAUGGUGAUAUGCAGAAGAUAGAUAAGCUAAGUAUAUGACAUGCCCCGCCAAUAUGGUGACAAUCUGCCUCGUCUUGCUUUGCGCACUUGUGAAAGUUCAGUUAGCAGAUUGAAUGGCUAUUAGCCUCAGUUUCGUGAAACCGCAGCUCCCAAAACUGUCCUCAAAGCCAAACAAUCAGGCAUUCAGAGGACAGGGCUUGACAUCAAACUCACUAGGGAUUUGUAUGGUUGAAAUUGCUUGGUGGUCAGUUUUUAGCUAUCACUCUUGCCUUGUUCUACGAUGUUGAUUUCCUUUUGCAUCUAAAUGAGUAAAGAGAUGAAAAUAUCAAAGUAAAAUGUGCUGGUUGACGUUGUCCUAUUUAUAUUUGGCAUCUUUGGAAGGUUGGCCAACUCUAGAAAUCACAAAAGGAAGUUUCCUGGCCAAUAUAAGAGUUUAAGAAGAGAAGGAUACAAUUUGGCAAAAGUAAAUAUCUGUCCACAGUUUGACAGGAUAACCAUCAUUAUGCAGUGGAAAUCAGUGAUUUAACACAUGGUGGAUUUAUUUGCAACCAGCAGAUUCCGUUAAGGCUGCGUGACCAGCAGCUAUUGGCUACCCUUCUGGCAAUUUAUUUGAGUAAAUUUGUUGUUACUAGUGAUUUUUCUCUUUUCUCCUAUUCUCAUCUUUCCUUCAAAGGUUAAUACGUCGAGAAAUGAGGUCUCUUCUAUUCUGUUUUCUUUUGUUUUGGCUCAUGCUGUAAGUUCCCUGUUGUGCAGGGUUACUGGUGAAUACAUGGAUACUGAAGCUGUUUAACAGGAAGAUAUCCAACCCUGCCCUAGGAGCUGAGAUAUCCAUCCGUGCCCUAGGGAGUCGAUCCAGUGAUUUCGUUGCUGGAAACCUAUUGCUGUUCUUUGCAUAUCUCCAAGCAGUUACAAGAUCACCCGGUUAUUGUCAUUUUGUGGCAGUUGGGAAGUAUGUUAAAUUGAUCUGUAUAUUCUACUAACAACAUUUUUGGGGCUUACUCUGUAGGUGCAGUACCAGCUCGAAUACUCAGUAGGGAUGAAUCUCAGUGAUGUAUUGUUAUAGUUAAAAUUAUGUAAUAGUGAAAAAAAAGACGUAUAUCAUCAUGUUGAACUUCAUUAAUUAUGAUUAGUGAUUUUAUCUCUCCAGUCGAUCUGUAUCAUACAUCUAGUGACAAGUAGAGAAUGGGGUGCCAUAACCAUCUCCGCAUUAAUUAAACAAGUAAAAAGAAGUUUACUGUAAAGUGAUAAUCAAACAUAUAUGUACAGGUAGGAAUAAAAAUGAUAG